ACCCGAGUUCUCAGGCAGUAAGCGGAAAUGAGCUUGCAUGCAUGCUUCAGGCUGCCGGCGGAGGACAUUGCUGUGUCAUGCUUUAUAAAUCUCCGUCCUCCAGGUCGGGUAGCAGACCACCCAGUACCACCCAAACUCAGGGUCUCUGAACGGACAGCCAUGCCUCCUGCUCCGUCUCUACCGCCUCAAACGCUCGAAAGAGGCAAGGCUUACCUCAGAUGCAGGAAGCGAAAGAUGCGAUGUGACGGUGUUCGGCCUACCUGCACUCAGUGCACGAAAGCGAACAUCGCCGCGGACUGCGAGUAUUCUGAUGCGGGCCCGACCACUUCACAGAUUCUCGAGCGAAACAUCGCUGAAUUAGAAGCACGCAUCGUCGAGAUCCUCAAAGGACGUCCUGCAGAUCCUGUAUCACUGCGGGCUCCAUAUUCGGGACCUAGCACUUCCAAAACUAACAAGAUCACCACGAAGAAAGCGGACGCCCUGAUACCUACAUCACUCUCCACUUCCGGUCCCAUAUAUCCAGCUGAGCCAUACCCCCUCGAGCCGCUAAUAAGCCCUCGCGGAAUACUCCCUUCCCCGACUCUCCCGAAUUACUACAACCCUUCUUCACCGUCGCCCCACACCUAGGCUUUUUCUUCCAUGUCCCAAGAUUUUUAGACAAGAUGAAGAUGUCUAUGCCGCCGACCAGCCUUUCGCCCGCCCGCACUGAUGUUCUCUGUGCUUCUUCUUGUAUACCCUCCAGGCUGAGAUUCCCAUUGCAAUCUAUCUACUACACCAGAAUAGGCGCUUUGCCGCGAGCUACCACAUCUCGGCGGCGAUAUCCAUCGUUGUGGCAUGCAACUUGCACAAGAUCGGGAGCAUACACGCGUUCGAUAGUACUCGAGCUGCCAUCGUGCUCCUGCCCCCUAUAGAUGACAUCGAGCAAGGCGAACGUAUCCGCGCAUUCUGGUCAGUGUACAUCCUGGACCAAAUCUGGACGUUAUGAACGCACACCCCCUCCGCCCUGCUGGACGAGAGUUCUGUGCUCACCCCGAUCGAUACGCCAUGGCUGAUGGAAAUUCAUGAAUAUGAACAGGUG